CCUGAAUGUUGGAUUAAUUAGGAAACUAGCAGAUUUUAUUGAUCCUCAAGAAGGAUGGAAAAAGUUAGCAGUAGCUAUUAAAAAACCGUCUGGUGAUGAUAGAUACAAUCAGUUUCACAUAAGGUAGCGUGUGAAGAGUCGGGCCAGUGUAUUGAUGAGUACUGGCAGCAGAUUCUUCAGGCGUUCGGGUCUGACCUUGUCUGGACCAGGUGCUUUUCCCAUCUUUACCAGCGAAAUGGCGUGUUGGAUUUCAGAAGGGAGAACGUUGGGAACGACACAUCCAUCCUGCGGAAUUUGAUAUGUGGGCAGGUGGACAUGGCUGUCAAAAAGAUCCAAAUAGACAGAAAGCAAGAGAGGGAGACGGACAUUGAGAGAACGAGAGGGAAGGAGAGAAAAUGGCGUCCAUGGAUUACAGUACCUACAGCCAAGCUGCAGCCCAGCAGGGCUACAGUGCUUACACCGCCCAGCCCACUCAAGGAUAUGCACAGACCAGCCAGGCUUAUGGGCAACAGAGUUAUGGAACUUACAGACAGCCCACUGAUGUCAGCUAUACCCGGGCGCAGACCACUGCAGCCUAUGGGCAGACCGCCUAUGCAACUUCUUAUGGACAGCCUCCCACUGGUUAUACUACUCCGACUGCCCCCCAGGCAUACAGUCAGCCUGUCCAGGGUUAUGGCACUGGUGCUUAUGAUACCACCACUGCUACAGUCACUACCACCCAGGCCACCUAUGCAGCUCAGUCUGCGUAUGGCACUCAGCCUGCUUAUCCAGCGUAUGGGCAGCAGCCAGCAACCACCACGCCUACAAGUCCAUAGGACGGUAACAAUCCCACUGAGACUAGUAGACCUCAGUCUAGCACAGGGGGUUACAGCCAACCCAGCCUAGGAUAUGGACAAAGUAACUACAGUUAUCCCCAGGUACCUGGGAGCUACCCCAUGCAACCAGUGACAGCACCACCGUCCUAUCCACCUACCAGCUAUUCCUCUACACAGUUGACUAGUUACGAUCAGAGCAGUUAUUCUCAGCAGAACACCUAUGGGCAGCCGAGCAGCUAUGGUCAACAAAGUAACUAUGGGCAACAGCCGCCCACUAGUUACCCCCGCCAAACUGGAUCCUACAGCCAGGCUCCAAGUCAAUAUAGCCAAAAGAGCAGCAGCUACUGGCAGCAGAGUUCAUUCCGACAGGACCUCCCCAGUAGCAUGGGUGUUUAUGGACAGGAGUCUGGAGGAUUUUCCAGACCAGGAGAGAACCGGAGCAUGAGUGGCCCUGAUAACUGGGGCAGGGGAAGAGGGGGAUUUGAUCAUGGAGGCAUGAGCAGAGGUGGGCGGGGAGGAGGACACAGUGGAAUGGUCAGCGCUGGAGAGCGAGGUGGCUUCAAUAAGCUUGGUGGACCCAUGGAUGAAGGACCAGAUCUUGAUCUAGGCCCACCUAUAGAUCCACAUGAAGAUUCUGACAGCAGUGCAAUUUAUGUGCAAGGAUUAAAUGACAAUGUGACUUUAGAUGAUCUGGCAGACUUCUUUAAGCAGUGUGGAGUUGUUAAAAUGAACAAAAGAACUGGACAACCCAUGAUUCAUAUCUACUUGGACAAGGAAACCGGAAAGCUCAAAGGUGAUGAUGCCACAGUGUCCUAUGAAGACCCACCAACUGCAAAGGCUGCCGUGGAGUGGUUUGAUGGGAAAGAUUUUCAAGGAAGCAAACUUUCUCUUGCUCGGAAGAAGCCACCAAUGAACAUGCGAGGUGGAAUGCCACCACCACUUCAUGGAGGUCCAGGGGGACCCAUGGGUCGCAUGGAAGGACGAGGAGGAGACUGGGGAGGCUUUCCCCCAAGAGGGACUGGGGGUUCCCAAGGGAACCCAUUAGGAGGAGAAAAUGUCCAACAUCCAGCUGGAGACUGGCAGCGCCCCAAUCCGGGAUGUGGAAACCAGAACUUUGCCUGGAGAACAGAAUGCAACCAGUGUAAAGCCCCAAAGCCUGAAGGUUUUCUCCCGCCACCCUUCCCACCUCCGGCUGGUGACCGGGGCAGAGGUGGCCCUGGCGGUAUGCGGGGAGGAAGAGGUGGCCUCAUGGACCAUGAGGGUCCUGGAGGAAUGUUCAAAGGUGGUCGUGGAGGAGACAGAGGUGGCUUUCGAGGUGGCUUUGGUGGAGGCAGACGAGGUGGCCCUGGGGGACCCCCUGGGCCUUUGAUGGAACAGAUGGGAGGAAGAAGAGGUGGCUGUGGAGGCCCUGGAAAAAUGGAUAAUGACGAGCACCGUCAGGAACGCAGAGACCAGCCCUACUAGAUGCAGAGACCCUGAAGAGCUGCAUUGACUACCAGAUUUAUUUUUUAAACCAGAAAAUGUUUUAAAUUUAUAAUUCUAUAUUUAUAAUAUUGGCUGCAACAUUAUGAUUAUUCCUUGUCUGUACAUUAGUAUUUUUUACCAUUUGUGAAGAAACAUUAAAACA